AUGGCAGUGGCAGCGGACGUAGCCACGAUAGUCCUGGGCAGCCUAGGCCUUUCAUUUCUCAUUCUGUGUGCUGGAUCAGAUUGCUGGAGGCAAGAUGCCAAGGAUCCCCUGUCUUCCGUGGGCUUGAGCAUCCGGUGCAGAGGAUUAUGGAGUGAGUGCAUCUUUGAUAAUGUGGCCAACCUCUGGACUUGUGACAUUCCUAUUUCCUAUCUCAGUGAACAUCCAGCUGUUCUUGUGGUCACUCGGGUCUUGGUGAUUCUAUCUGGCUUUCUGACUUUUUGUGCUGUGCCACCCUUCAUCGCAGGAAUGAAAUGCACCAAGCUAAUCCGUAACAGAAUCCCUCAGAAAUACAAGUUUUCAAUCACUGCUGGGACCCUGUUCCUCCUGGGAGGGCUCUCUGGAGCGAUUGCAGUCCUCUGGUACGGCAUCGACACAGUCCAGAAGUAUAAGCUUGAGGUCACCCUUGGCAUCCCCGGCGUGACUUACGAGCUUGGCUAUUCCUACUGGAUGGCUGCCGUAGGUGCUGCUUGCGCUGUUUCCAGUGGAGCUUUGCUGCUGGUUGCCAACUGCCUCAAGGCGGAGAUGCCGAGAAAGGAGCACAACCGUGCCUGCAACCCCCCAGUCCCCAAAGGGCAGGGUACGUACCUGUGA